CUCCCAUUCAUGCGCCCAGACUUUGCGUUUUAUGUACUUUUCCGUUCCACUUUGUGCAAAUGCUUCCGUCAAUUUGGAGUUACGAGUUCUAGUGUUUUUGUUUUUUUACCAAAACGACAGAUAAAAUAUUUCUGAACUGACCACUUUUUCCUUUUACGCACGAGAGGAGCAUGAGUUUCCCGGGGAGGUGACUUGAUUUAAAGUUGGGCUGGUGUGUGUUUUUUUUUUUAUUAAUGAAUGUGUCAGUUUCUGAGAUGGCCAAACCUUCAGAUCACAUCAAAAGACCCAUGAAUGCUUUCAUGGUGUGGUCCAGAGGCCAGAGGAGGAAAAUGGCCCAGGAAAACCCCAAAAUGCACAACUCUGAAAUCAGCAAGAGGCUCGGCGCGGAGUGGAAGCUGCUGUCCGACUCCGAGAAACGUCCGUACAUCGACGAGGCCAAGAGGCUGCGGGCUCAGCACAUGAAGGAGCACCCGGACUACAAGUACAGACCACGGCGCAAAGCCAAGAGUCUCCUGAAGAGGGACCGUUUCUUUUUCCCGCUGCCGUCUUUACUUGGGGACGCGGCGGAGCAUUUGAAAGGAUUUUCCAUGGACUCCUUUCUUGUCCCCGGGGAUAAAACCAGAGGCUUCCUCGCCCCCGUCUCCUCCCCCUCUUCCUUCUCGCUGCUGGAGCCGGUGGCGCAGUUCAGCACCGGAGCUGUCCAGCGGAUGGCGGAGAUGCCGCACGCUCUGGCCGCCGGCGCUUUGCCCUACAGCGCGCACACGUUCGGGUACAAGACUGGAGGGAUUGGGGGUCUGGCUUGCCACGGACAGCACACCCACACCCACACCCACCCCCACCCGUCCUCCAGCCCGGGAUACGUGGUGCCGUGUAACUGUAGCGCAUGGUCUGCUGCCAGUUUACAGCCACAGGUAGCCUAUAUUCUCUUCCCUGGAGGGAUGGCCAAGAACGGCAUGGACUCGUACACUUUCCCCAGCACCAGUGUGUGACGCGUUGGAUGCACGUGAAGCUGCGCGGUCCCCACGGGGAAAGUUUGCGCACAGGAUCUCCCCCUCCCCGUAAUAUGACAAAAGAAAAAGAACUACGCUACACACAACUAUGGUUUCAUCCUAUAAAUGUCACAGCAAAACUGAACGUUAGGCUAGUGUUUCUGCAGAUAUAAAUACAUUUUAAAAUGCCAAACAUGGCUGCUGCAGCUGAUUAGCAGCAUCUUUUUUUCCUUACUUUUUUCUCCUUUCCUUUUUUAAUCUUACUUUUUAUUAAGUUACUUUAUAGACUUAUUGACCAUCUUUUUUCUUACUCUCAUUUUUAAAUUAAAUCAUGACUGUGAGCCACAC